UUUAUCUAUUAUCUGACAAGACUCCAUGUGUUCUUGCUUUUUCUGAAGGAAACAUUCAAUUGCUCUGAAUAUGGAAAUGGAUCUUGCCCAGAAGACAAAAGGCCACUGGGUGUCCGAGUCACCAUGUACUCGCUGAUGGCGGGAGCCAUAUUCAUCACGGUGUUUGGCAAUCUUACCAUGAUAAUUUCCGUGUCCUACUUCAAGCAGCUUCACACUCCAACCAACUUCCUCAUCCUCUCCAUGGCGGUCACUGAUUUCCUCCUGGGGUUCACCAUCAUGCCUUACAGUAUGAUCAGAUCGGUGGAGAACUGCUGGUAUUUUGGGCUUACAUUUUGCAAGAUUCAUUAUAGUUUUGACCUGAUGCUUAGCAUAACGUCCAUUUUCCAUCUUUGCUCGGUGGCCAUUGACCGAUUUUAUGCCAUCUGUUACCCUUUACGGUAUUCCACCAAAAUGACGAUUCCAGUCAUUAAACGGUUGCUACUUCUCUGCUGGUCCGUCCCAGGAGCAUUUGCAUUUGGGGUGGUCUUCUCAGAAGCCUAUGCUGAUGGGAUAGAGGGUUACGAUAUCUUGGUGGCUUGUUCCAGUUCCUGCCCAGUGAUGUUCAAUAAGUUAUGGGGAACCACGAUGUUUGUGGCGGGUUUCUUCACGCCUGGGUCUGUGAUGGUGGGGAUUUAUGGCAAAAUCUUUGCAGUAUCCAGAAAACAUGCUCAUGCAAUCAAUAACUUACCAGAAAAUCAAAAUAAUCAAAUGAGGAAAGAUAAAAAAGCAGCCAAAACUUUGGGCAUAGUGAUGGGUGUUUUCUUAUUAUGUUGGUUUCCCUGUUUCUUCACAAUUUUAUUGGAUCCCUUUUUGAACUUCUCUACUCCUGUAGUUUUGUUUGAUGCCUUGACAUGGUUUGGCUAUUUUAAUUCUACAUGUAAUCCCUUAAUAUAUGGUUUCUUCUAUCCCUGGUUUCGCAGAGCACUUAAGUACAUUUUACUGGGUAAAGUUUUCAGCUCACAUUUCUAUAACACUAACUUAUUUACUCAAAAAGAAACCGAAUAGACUUGUUCUGUAUGAGUGAUUCAAAGAAAAAGAAAUGAAACUAAGAUGAAUUAAGUCUCUUAAAGUGUGUGUAUGUGCAUGUGUAUGUGUGUAUAU